GGGUUUUUGUACCCACAACAACCAAGGUCGAAAUUUGUAUAUCGGAAAUCAGGCAUCGGAAAUCGAAAGUGUUUUAUUUUAUGAUUAAUAACUCUAAUUUGUCAACUGCAACAAAUAUAACUGCAACUUUCAGCUAGUACAGUAAGUGUUUAUUUUAUAGUAUUAUAUUAAGGAUGUACUUUACCAAAUAUGAUUGAUACAUUUUUAAUACAUUUUAUAUACUGUUACAGUAACCUUGAUUGCUUAGCCACCUUAACAUUAUGGACCAGCAUUAUGUACCCACCUUGCUUAUUUUACUUUUUACUUGUCAGGGGGAGAGUGCUGCCACUCAAUGGGUCAAUCUGCCCAUGCACCCUGUUAACCCUUUAAGUGGCAAUGCACCCUACUUUAUUAUUUUACUCUGUCUAACACCAGAUGAUUUUACUCUUCAGGCGUUAGGAUGCAAUGCAACUCAAUGCGUUAAAUAACAUUUUUUAGGAAUUUCAAAUGGGAAUUCAUGGUCUGACAACAUAUGUGGACACUUUGCCAUUUGGCGAAGGGCAAGUUUGGGAACCCUUCAAUUUGCACGACACAAACCUCGUCAUUGACGGCUGUGGUUUAUAUUAUUACAUAUAUGCUUGCAAUGGACUAAACGUUAAGUUUGGUGGGCAAUAUGACCAAUUGCAAAACAAAAUAAAGGAAUUUUUUUCAAAGCUGCGGUUGAACAAUGUUGUGCCAUACGUCGUCAUUGAUGGUAUUAUGGCUAGGGACGAGAAAAAGUUUGCCACGUUCAUGAAGAGAAAGACAGACCGAAUUAAGAAGAUGAAGAACUUGUGGACGUUAAGAAAACCUGGUUAUGAAAUGGUGCUUCCACGCCUCACACAGUUAGCUAUUGUGCAAGUUUUGCAAGAAAUCAAAGUGCCGUAUGCUGUGGCAGACUUGUAAGCAUUGUAAAACUUGGUGGCAGACACUUGCACGUUUAGGGGGGGGGGAUUUAAGUUUCCAACGCAUUACCACAUUUCCCUAAAUUCUGGUUCUUGAAACUUUUUUGCUUCCAUUUCAUGCAAAUUUAUUGAGGCUUAGUCUCCCUCAAAGACGUUCUUAUCACUCCAACCCUCGCCAAUGAAUGUUCAUUCCAAACUAUACCUCCAACCCUUGUUAACAUUUGUUCCAACCGAUACACAGUCAUGCUGACAAACAUUUGUUACCAAGGUUUGGAGUAAUAAGAACGUUUGCAAACAAGACUAUAGUCAAGGCUAUAUUGGUAUAAAAUCAUUCCUUACACCUUUAGUGUAUAUAUACACUCAUUUACCUAUUAAGUGGCAAUGUGCCUUAAUACCAGUGCCAUACGAGCAAAUUAUCACAAUUAAAUCUCUUAAUUAAUUUAAGCAUAUACAGUCAGUAUCAUAUUGUUUUCCUCACUCCUUUCCAUUUAUAAUGUUUCAGUGAAGCGGACUGUGAAAUUGCAUCGUUAGCAAACAAACUGGAUGCUCCAGUGUUGGCCAGUGACAGCGAUUUUUACAUAUUCAACAUCAAACGUGGCUACAUUCCAUUUCAACAGUAUGAUUUCUCUUGUCCAAACACCACAGUUAGAAAAUUCAGUUUCGAUGGGUUUGCCAAACAUCUUGGCAUCGACCCUAGCAUGUCACCGCUACUUGCCUCACUGGUUGGAAAUGACUACAUCUCUGAUAUAAUGUUAAGGCCAUUCACUGCUCAUAUUGACAGUCUUGUAAGCUCAUCAAAGCUAGAAGCUGGCAGCAAAAAGUGCAAGGUUCCAACUAUCGCACAGUUUUUGUCAAGCUAUAAGUCCAUUUCUGAAGCAAUUCAUGCUGUGAUAGGCUUGUUUCCAAACAACCUUAAGGUGUCAUUUAAGAAAGCAUUGGAUCUAUCCAUUGAAGAAUACCAAAUGAAACAAAGCAAUUUGAUUGGCUAUUUUGAUUCUAGUGAUCUUAGUUGUAACAUGCGUACAUAUAAUGGUCAUUCUCUGCCACAAUGGGUUGUUAAACUUUAUCGACAAGGUUUGAUUGCCUCUGAGGGUUUAGCUUGUUUGUGUAACAGAAAGAUUUUUCUUCGAACACAGUGCGAAGAUAUAGCAUUGCCGUCUGCGCAGAUUUGUGCUCAAGGCCUUAGAUGGUACUAUUAUGUGCUGGCUUUGAACUGUGAAGGUACCACCAGUACAGUAGUAUCGGCAACAGAGUUACAGUCACAAAGCAAGGCUGGUGUAGCAAGCAUGGUAACUGAUGGUCAAAUUGAACUGGGCAGAGAUUUUGACCACACCCUUACGCGAGGGUUUUCACCAGAGACCCAGACACAUAUGGAUACCAAAAGUUUUAAUGAUACAUCAUCAUCACCAUUAGCAGUGUCAGGGACAAUGUUACAAAACCAAUCGGGCAAAGCUGGUAUACCAAGUAUGAUUACUGUUCAAACUGAACCAGGGACAGACUAUGACCACACCCAUACAAGCAGGCCAACACCUGAGGCACAGAGGGAAACUAAGUGUUGUGUUUCGUCACCAUUAGCAGAAUUACAGGAACAAGGUGAAGAUAGUAUACCGAACAUGGUGACUGGCCAAUCAGAGUCCCAGGAGGAGUGCAAAACUACCCAUUAUGAUACAACACCAUCAACUAGUCAUACCGAACAAAUCAAAGAUUCUGACCACACCCAUAGCAUACUAGAAUUAGAGUUUGCCCAUAAAUUCAAUCUCAAUGAAAAUACAGUGAAAAGCGAGGAAAUUGGAUUGCCAUCAACCUGUGACCAUACCAUCAAAGAUGUAAAGUUUGACAAAACUGAUAGUACAUCCCAAGCCACCACCGAAGAUAUCGUUGUUACAGAACUUGAUAGGGAAGGGUUGAGACUUGUUCAGAAAACAGUGAAUCUAACACGCAAAGUCCCUGAAAUCGAUUUCCAAAUUCAUGACAUACCAAAAAUGUCUGAUGAGGCCAAAAAUAGUCACCUUCUAAGCUUGCUCGAUUCCGACUUACCAUUUAUUCGUAAUCUCCCAAUCAAACACCAGAUUGUGGUAUCGGCAUUGAGAUAUUGGGUUAUUCACUCCCAAAUCAAACCAGCGCACCUAGCUGCAUUAUUAGUGUAUUAUGUUGGUGAAAAACGGAGUUCGACUACAAGCAAGUCUUUCCAAAUUUCCUUAGAGGCAGUUCAUGGUUUUUCACAAUGGCAAAACGUUCUGUACUGGGUAGAACGGUUGAACGCGUUGUUUUCUUCCGCAUUUCCACAACUGCAAAUAGCCAAGUUGUAUGAUGGUGCUCAAGUGUGCUUGGUGUAUGAAAGACUUCGAGUCUUAGGUUAGUAUUGCUGCAUAAUAUGAUCAAUGUUGCCUUAGUUAAUUCCUUGUUAGAAGAGUAAUUUGGUCGGGGAACCGUUAAGACAGAACUGAUAGAGCUAUCUAGGUCAAGAAAACGUUUCAGCUUGUCUGGUUAGUUUAGUUUAGGUUUCCAGAUGGCCUUCACUUGACCUCUGAGAAGAAAAAUUAUAUUAGAAGUUAUAGAACUAUUGAGUAUAUAGGGCCCUUACUCUCACCCUGAUGUUGUUUCUCCAGCUUUUCUGGGGGCCUUUACCUCCAGAAACCGCACUUUCCGUCACCCAUUUUGGCCACAAAGGAUUUGUGUGAUCUAUUCAUGUGUCAAUAAAGUUAGUUUAGGUUUCCAGGUGGACCUCCAGGGAGAACAGUUCAGAACUGAUAGAGCUAUCCUCUAUAAAUAAGAUUAGUUUAGGUUUCCAGAUGACCUGUACUUGACCCUAUACUAUAGAGAGAACAGUUCAGAACUGAUAGAGCUAUCCACUAUAAAUAAGAUUAGUUUAGGUUUCCAGAUGACCUGUACUUGACCCUAUACUAUAGAGAGAACAGUUCGGAACUGAUAGAGCUAUCCACUAUCAAUAAAGUUAGCUUAUAGUUUAGGAUUCCAGAUGACGUCUACUUGACCUCUAGGAAGAAAAGUUCAGAACAUAUAGAGCUGUCCAGUAUAAGGUUAGUUUAGUUUAGGUUUCCAGAUAACCUCUACUUGACCUCUAGGAAGUUAAAAGUUCAGAAUUUAUAGAGCUGUCCUAUAAAUAUGAAGGUUAUAUAGUUUAGGUUUCCAGAUUACCUCUACUUGACUUCUAGGGAGAACAGUUUAGAACUGUCUGAUAACGACAGGCUGGGUUUAAUUAGCUGGUAUUUUCCUUAUAUUAAUAUUUGUAAAUUACACCUGACAAUUUCUAGGUAUCAAGUUUGCCGAAUCUAUCGUGAUCAACACGAACUUAUAUCGUCACCUUUAUGACGUAAUUACUACAGACUUACCACGUGACUGCCAGUUCAACCAAUCACGAAGCAACAAGAGACAACAGAAUAAAGGAGGCAGGACGUUGGAACAAGAAAAUGAGACAAAGAAUAAAAGUUCCGAGGUCUUGAAAGGAAAUAAGUUUGCGCUUUUGUGUGGAUCAGAUUCAGAUGAAGACUAA